AUGAGCUCAAGAACGUCACGACCGCAUUCGUUUUCCGGUCCCCGCCCACUUCAACUUGUAGAUAGCAACGUCCCAAACGCCCCGCCUUCGCUCUCUGCAUCCUCUUGCCCGUCUCCAACGUUCUCAGGGCUCUGCAGCGCACCCCCUACGGUGCGCGCAUUCAACAAGCCGCGCCGCCAGUCAUCUAUAUCGUACUAUCCGAGCGACCAUACUCCACAAUGGGAUUUGCGAUCCCCGGUAGCCAGCUCCACCCUGAAACGCAGUAGCUCUCUGGGCAAGAAGGUCGUUAGUACUCGUAGAAGGGGAGACAGGCGUAGUACGGGCUCCAUGGGCUCUCUGUCGCCCGCAGUGGAACUGGGACCGCUGACGCUCACGGAGAAACACGCGGACCUACUGCGCUUUAUUGCACAGAAAGAGUCCAAGUGCCUAGAGCUACGUUCCCAACUUGCCAUACACGAAGCCGAGCUCGCGCAGCUCAAGCGCAAGUGGGAGCGCAUCGUCAGCAAGGGUAUGGAUCGUGCAUACUCCUCUCCUGCAUCUUCUGCAUCUCCCGUAUCAAUUUUGUCCGCCGUCGCAUCGCCGACGAACGGCGCGGUACUAGAGGGGAUUAAGGAGGGCAUGCAGGAGAUGGGUCGCAUCUUCGCUGCGGGCCUGGGGGAUUUCUCGUCUGCACCUGUCCUCUCGUCGGUGAGCCCGGCCAUAUCUGGCCGGAAAAACAAGGGGCACACAACCACGCAAAGCUCGUCGUCCGUGUCAACGUCAGGCACCACCUCCACGCGCUUCACUAACGCGUCAAGCGUGCGGCUAUCUCUCUCCUCGGCAUCAUCUCUCGCGUAUGACGAACCUCCAAGCGAAAUGGACGAAGGCGACGAAACGCUACGGCCAUCGGAAUCGCGUGACUGCGCACAAGAAACGAUUACAGAACGGUCCACGGACCUGGUGAUCUCACCAUCUUCGACCGCGACCGAACUGCAGGCAGCAAAGAUCCACCGCCGCAAGUCGCGGGAGCAUCCGCCCGCACUCUCGGUCUCAUCAUCCCCUGUACCGUCCCCUGUUAUACCAUCUACACCGCACUUCGCCACACCUCCCAGGUCCGCCGGCGGGUCCUCAGCGUCGAAACGUGUGUCCACGGGCUUCCCCACCGCAAGCCCCGUGUCGUCGUGGAUGGGCACCGUGGGCAGCAGCGUCGGGAAGAAAUGGGAGGAGCUACAGAAGGGUGAAAAAUUCACCAGGAGCCAGAAACGCGCCUCGCUUCUCCUUUCUGAUGUCUCUUCUUCCCUCUUCGCCGCACUCGCCGCACCAUCCCCGUCGUCUCCCUCGCCAGCACAUAGCGGGCUCACCUCCUCCGUCUCCGUCUCUUCGAACCCGUUCGCCGCUACGCUCUCCCCGCUCGCGUCCUCCCCACUCGGUGCAUCGCCCCUUUCCGGGCCCACGUCGAGCGUCUCACUCCUCGAGGACGACGACGAGGGCCUCGCGCUGGGUGGUGUGAUGAUCCCCGACUCGCGGCCGUCCACGCAGCCCGGGCUCAAAGCUGAAAGCGCACAGAACUAUGACGACGAUUGGAACUGGUAA